AUGGCUUCAUUCAUAAGUCGUGUUUUUGGAAAAACGACCUCGUCAUCGUCGUCGAAAAAGAAUGCUACGCCAAGUAUUAAUUCUCCAAUACAAUUAUCGAAUUCCACAGCUCCUAUAGCUCUUCUUGAUCUUCCACAAUGGGUGCCGCCAGAAUUCAAUCGCGAUAGUAUUCGUCUUCUGGUUUUCUUCGACAGUGAUGAUACUGGUUUGCAAAUUAUAUUCGAUUCAAAAACGCUACGUAUCGUUCCACCAAUUGAUAAUGAGAAUUCAGGUGCUAGGACAUCAACAACAGUGAAUCCGUACGCAACAGCAUCCGGGAUUUCAUCAACAAUGAACUCAGCAAGUAAACCUCCAGCAGGUCCAGGUGGUGCUCGUGCGCGUCCCGCUAUAACGCGGUUCACUCAUAAAGGGAAACAAUAUGAACUAUUGAAAGCGUCCAAUGAUACACGUAGCUAUGCUGACUACAUAUUCGGCACUAUGCCAUUACUACAUAAAGGUACUGGAAUGAAAAUUCACACAAGCAAAUCACCGCUACAAAUCAUGAUGAGUCGAGUAUUUGCUAUGAAAGCAGCUGACCGUCCUGAUACACUGGCCAAUAUAAGUGUUACAUCUGAACCAGAUUCAGCACCAGUCAAUCCUCUAAAUCCAUUCAUAUUGCCAGGUUUUGGCCGAUCAUCCAGUUCGGGUGUCAGUGUUGCUUCGUCGACUAUAUCAAGCAUUGAUGUUCUCGGUGAAGAUCUAACAGCUCAGAAAUUCGGUCGACUGUAUCGUCGAUGGCUAAAAUUCACUAAUCGAACUAUGAAACAACAUCCUCGACAACCUGGUCGUCGUCACCGUCGAUGUAUCGGUGCAGCAUUUAUGGUUAUGUUUCAUCCUGAUGAUACAGCUAAAUACAAGCAUUUCGAAGAAUUUUUCUGUACACAUGCACCAUUGAUUGAGAAUCAUUUUCAAAAGAUAAUGGCAACAGCAGAAGCGAAUAUUCACGAUAGAAAUGCGGUAGCUGCUGCUCUGCUGGAAAAACUAUUCGUUUUUCGAGAUGAUAUCCACACACUAUAUACACGUCCUCGUCUACUAUACCCAGCGUGGUAUAUGUUAACACAGGAGCAGCUGACGAUGAGUAAACGACGUGCGUUAGCUCAACAAUUGUGCUCAAUUAUUGAUCUAUUCACGACACCAAAAUAUGGCGACUUUCUCAAUUGUGUCCUAUCAGCGGUGCUUAGCUAUCAAUUAUCCUGGUUAUCUACAGUUUCGCCAUCACUUACUAAAUCAAAACAACAAGUUUCAUUCAAAGCCAAAGCAGAUUAUGUUCAUUCAUUACAAAAUUUUCUUCAGUACAGCCCUUUAUGGGGACAGUUGAUAGACCUUUUCAGCGCCUAUAGUCAACCUCCAUACAUUUGUCGAACAGUUCUCGUCGGUAGUGAUUCAUCAUUACUCACUCGUUUAAUUUAUCUAUUGAGUUUUUUCAUACGUCCAAGCUACUUGACAUAUACAAUCCCGAAUAGCAAUUUAUCCGAUCAUCAUGACGAACAAAAUCGUUCUUAUAAGAAAAUCCGUUUGUACAUCGAUGAAUUGAUUGCUGAGUCAACCCAGAUUCAAGACAUUGAACCAUAUUCACCUGUGCACAGUAUUCAUGAUGAGACUGAGGAGCAAAACUUCGAAGAUGAUAUUGAUAUUUUAUCCGGUGAUGAGUCUGCACAUGACAAUAAUACAACAACAACUACGAAUCAAACAACAUCACUUGCUGAACCGAAGGAAUUUUAUCAAUUAACAUUUACAUCUGAUGAUCUUGAAAGUACUAGUGUCGAUGAACAUGAAAUAUCACUACUGUUGGAUUCAUUAGUAAUGCAUAUCGAUCAAAUCAUUAUCAAUGAAUCUCGUGCAAAACUUCAAUCACCUGUCAAUUCGGUUGGCACAGUUCGCGUGACAACGGCCUCUCCCGUUAAACCAAUUGUGAAUUCUCCACCGUCGAAAAUCCUAAUGUCUCUUCCAUUAUUUGAACCUAAUCAUCUUGGUCAUGAACCUAUACAUAUUAACAAUGAUUAUCACAUAGAUUUAGCUUUAUCGUUGAUAUCAUCAGUCAGUAAAUCCUAUUCACCUGAUUUCAUACUACAAGCAAUUGAAACAUCUCAUGUAAAUGAUAUUAUACAUUCGAUAUGCACUCAGCAUGCAUCUGAUAUAUCAGAAACGGGUGGUUUAUUCCUCGAUGGUGAGCAAAUCGAUACUUCAAUAACAAUAUUAAUCAAUAUCGAUGAUUUAACCGUCAAUCUCUAUUCCAGUAAACAUAAUGAUGUCGCUCGACGACAAGAACGUACGACAUUGAUUCAGCCGUUGAUUGAUAACGCGCAUUUAGCUAAACAAUUACUACCAGCUGAUUUCGUUCUUUUGAAUAUGGAAGACAGUUUACAAGAAAUUUAUUUUCAAGCUCUAGCAAUUCUGAAAUAUAUGAAAGCAAAUAAUAACUCGGCGUACAGUCAAGAAAGUGUCAGUUCUUUCGGUGAUUCAGCGUCAACAACCAGUAUGGCUAGUGGUGAUACCGAUGACAAGAAUAGUCGAGCAACAGGUCACACAAUCACGGACUUGUCUCCUCAACCAUUAACAAAUCCAUCCAUGACAAGCGAAUCACUAUAUGCAACAGCUAUUGAUAAUAGUUCUGAAUUGGUACAAAACGUUCUGCGAAGAUUUCAACUGCAACGAUCGGAUUAUAUGUUUCUGAAGAACAUCUUGCGAGUUCUUGAAACUGAACAAUUGCAAGUGAUUGACUGA